AUGGAUGUAUCUGAAGCUUCUGUAGAAUGUUUAGAAAAGAAAAAAGCAGAACUACGAACAUUUUUUAGUGAUUCUAAGUUCCCUGAAGAAGUUAUAGAAAAAAUAAUUGAAAAUGAAUUAAGACCUUUAGAAAACAGUUUCAAUGAAAAUCGACCUUAUAUUUCUGCUUCUGCUCCAGGAGAAGUUAAGUCUGAAUAUGAAGUUAUGACUGGUCAACCGUUUACGAAGAUUGUGGAUAGUACCAAGCCUUAUACAUCGGAGGAGGUAAAUAAAAUGUUAGAAAAUAACCCGAUAAUAAUUGAAAAAUCUCGGCAAAUACAAAUAGCGAGUGCAUGUAGAGAGCGAUCUGAAUGGGUUUGUAAAGACAUAUGUGUACCAUUGGAUAGGAUAAAUUUGCCUUGUUACAGCGAAAUGAAAGAUGAAUUGAAAUCAGCAGGAAAUGACCAUAGUAUAAUUAAUAAUAUACGCUAUAAAAAUAUGCAAGCCUUAAAGAACUGCGCUUUAGAACAUGAAGGUAUUUCUGAAUGUAUGAAGGGAGAAUCUAUUAAAAGAGAAACUGAUGAUGUUGUAUCAAACAGUGAUGAUAGUGAGUUCGAAGCAAUAGAUAAGGUCGUUGCUGAAUAUACUAAUAAAUCUUAUGAAACAAGAUUUCAAGAAACAAAAGAUAUGUUGCUUGGAUUAGCUGAGAAAUAUGAAAAUGCUAUAACAAACGAGAAAAUUGAUAGUCCUAAAAAGGUGAUAAAAGAAAGUUGUAUUCUGGAAGACUCUUCAUCAAAUUUAAUUGAAAAUGAACACACGAGAAGAAUUUUAGAUGAGAUUAAAGAAGAAUAUUCUAUAAAUGAGGCCAUGAAUAUUCCUUUAGUAUAUACUCCAGUUAAUUUUGAUUCCUGUAGCAAAACCGAAAGAAAAUUUUCAGAUAACUUCAAAGGUACAGCAAAAGAUGACAAUGUUAGUUUUGAAGAAGUAUUUCCUAAAGGUUUUGAAUCAAAGCUUAAAGAUACAACUAAAGUUUUAAAUAACAUUAAUUCAAUUUUAACAUGUGGUGAAAAUAAUUUAAAUAGUUCAUACCAAUCAACUUGCUUGGAUUGUCAGGAAAUAAAGAAUUUUGAGCAAAAUGAUCAAUCGAAUCAAAAGCCACUUGAAGAAAACAAUAAAGAAAAUAAUAUAAUUACUGGGAGUAGAAGUAACGACCUCGCUACUUCAAUGGGUUCCCAAUCGUUUGAUGAAAGGAUGGAACAAACUUUGCAUAGCGCUUUAGAAACCAUACUUGAUAUUGGAGAAAAUGAAAACCGUGAAAACAACAAUUUUGAAUUUAAUGAAAUGAAAAACCUUGCGCGAAACAUUGUGGAAGGAGCUGAAAACCUCAGUACACUUAUUCGCUCUGAUAUAACCAAUAAAUUAAAUAGCAUGAACGAAUUGUUAAAUGAUGUCAAUGAAGCCUUAGAGAAUUCAAGAAAGUCAAAUAUCCUUUAUCAAAGUCUUAUUAAGGACAACCAGAGCCAAAACAAUGAUGAUAAAAUACAAGAAAAGAUAAAAGUGACAAAUGAAAAUGCUAUUGAUAAUGAUUACAAUAAUUUGCAGAGCGAUUCUGUAACGUCUUCUCAAAUUGAUAAAAUACAUAAUGCUAUAGGUGCACUCAAUAAAGAAAUAAAGUGUCAUGAGGAUAGAAUUCACAAAAGCGAAAUAGAUUACGAAGCAAGAAAUAAAGAAUGCAAUGAAUUCAUCAAAGAGGUUGAUAAAAUAUUGGAUAAAUCGAAUAAAAUUCUGCAUCCAAAGCAAUAUUCGAAUGCUAUGACAUUAAAUGAACAUGUUAAAGAUAUAUGUAAUGAAAAUAGUAUGGUUCAAUCAUACGUCAGUGCUGAGGAAAGUGAGGAGAAAAGAUUAUCGGAGUUUCAAAAACAAGAGAUAGAAAGAAGUAAACGAAUUGAUGGCCUUCUACAUGAUAUCAAAGACAAAAUGAAAGAUAAUAAAGAAGUCAAGCGAUUAGCAGACAACUUACUAAGAAGAAAGGAGCCAAAAACUAAGCUGACUGUAGAAUACGCCUCGUCUAUUAGUCCUGAUGAUACAAUUGACUCUAAAGCUCAGGGUGACUUUUUAAAUAAACAUGACGUUGAAACAAAUUUGAAAAAUGAUAAUACUAAUAAGGGAUUUGUAGUAACGGAAAUAGCCACGGAUAUGAAAACUAACGAAUAUGAAGAGAAGAAGAAAAAAGAAGCCGAGGAAAAAAACCAAAAGCAAAAAGAGUUCCGAGCAAAGCUGGACAAGGAAACGGAGGAAGCUAACAGAGGGUUGCGUAUGACUAAAGAAUUUAUAAGGAAUCUUUGUAAACAACACAAAUUGUAUCGCACUCCACAUCUCAAUGAUAUCUUGUAUUUGCAUUUUAAGGGUUUUUCCAAAAUUGAAAAUUUGGAAGAAUAUACUGGCCUGAAAUGCAUAUUCCUAGAGAAUAACGGAAUUGAAAGAAUCGAAGGUCUGGACAACCAGUCUGAGUUGAAGUGUCUCUACCUCCAUUAUAAUGUCAUUAGAAAAAUUGAAAAUCUACAGGGGUGUCCAAAAUUGGACACCUUGAAUUUGGACCACAAUUUCGUUGCAAAGAUUGAAAACUUGCAUGUAGUACCCGAUUUGCACACGCUGAGUAUUGCACACAACAUGCUCUCAACCGUAGCUGAUCUGGAGCAUUUAGUAUCUUGCAAGAACCUUUCGGUCUUGGAUUUGUCUUAUAACCGCUUGGAGGAUCCUAUCAUCGUGGAUAUUUUGGCCGAUAUGGCGAUUUUAAAAGUACUGGUCCUAACCGGCAACCCCGUGGUACGCAAUAUCCCUGCGUACAGAAAAACCCUAACAUUGCGCUUGAAAGAGCUGCUGAAUCUGGACAACAGGCCCGUGUUCCCUCGAGACCGUGCCUGUGCUGAAGCUUGGCAGAGGGGCGGAGUGCAGGAGGAGGUUGCAGAAAGGAAACGCUGGAUAGCAGCUGACCAUGAGAAGACAAUGAAGAGUGUCCGCUAUCUCAUUAAGAUGCGCGAAGAGAAGAAGGCUGAGAGGGAAGCCAAGGAGAAGGAGGAGAGGGAAAAACUUGGUCUCCCGCCAAAGGAAGAAGAUUCACAAAAUGAAAAUGAUCUAGGUAAAGUGAGUGUACUUGAUGGUCCACCAACACUAGAAGAGCCGUUUGGAUCAUCAGCAGUAGAAACUAAGGGAGGCGUUGCGAUUGACAUGCUGUCGGGAUCGGAGGAAGAAGAUUCUACGAGCGAUGAAAGUGACAGCGAUAGCAAUCGUAAUAAUGUAAAGAAGGAAGAAGGUGCGAUCUUUAUUGUCAUGUCUGCAAUCAUGAACAAUAUUCUAUUGACAUAUUAUAUUUUUAGAUACUUCAAAACUACAACAGAAUUUGAAGCAAUCAAUAAUUUGCUAUUCAAUCAGACGCCGCACACUGACAACAAACCGACAGCUACCAUUACUAAAGGGGUAAGUGAAAGAAACUAUGAGAUUAAUAUAACCGAAGAAUUACAAUCGAAUGUCGAAAACUCCUACGAAGGUACAACACGAAAACCACUAAUUGAAAUUAUAGAUAAUUUGGAUGAUACGAAAAUUACAGAAGACUUUAACAUAGAUGUUAGCAAAAAUAGAAUAUCAGUUAGUGAAGUACCUGAAAACGAAGAUGCUCAAAAUGAUACUGAUGACAAAAUAAUAUUACAAACAAACAAAACUAUCGCAAUUUCAAAUGAGCAAAAUAAAAGCAUAUGUAGCGAAGAAAGUAAAAAUAGUCAAGAAAAUAAAGGCUUAAAACGUAUAGAAAUUAAAGAAAUAAAACGUGAAGAAAUUCAUUUACCUAAGCCAGUUGAUAAUAAUGGAGAUACGGAUACUACAAAUCCGGAAAAUGAUUCGACAGAUAGAGAUUGUGAAAAUAAAUCGGAGGAAAAAACAGAACCUAGUGCUCCUAGCUAUGAUGAACCUGCUAGUGGAAAGAGCAUAGCAAACAACCAAGGAGACGGUGCCGCUCUCAUCAGGUACAUAUUUGGCAACGAUAAUGAAAAUGACGAUGAAGAUUUAAAGCCAAGUGCUGAAGAUUUGGAAAUAUUCGCGGAAUUGGAAAAGGAGCAGCAAGAGCGAGAAGCUAGGAUUGCUAGAGGGGAAACCGCUGUUGAUCCUAUGAAACUUUACGACAAAGAUGUCAUGGAAGCGUACCACAAGGCGCAGGAGUGUACACCUGCUCACGAGCUGCCGCAACCGAACAAGUCGAACGUCACCACGUACAAGCACGACAACGCUUUUGACAGAAUUGCCCUCAGCCAGCUCACCGCUGGGGAUAAGCCGGACGAGAAAAAAUAUAAACUAACGCAAGUGCCUGGCGCUAUUCUGUUCCAGUACGUCGACAAUGAAAUGGAGUAUGAGAUCGGAGAAGAGACUCUCAAUUCUUCUUCUACGUCGGAGGACUCAGUAUCUCUAAAUGAAUCCAGGGAUACGGAUUCAAGUGACGAGCAAGAUGGACAUUUUAAACCAGCAAAAGAAGGUGUAAGGACUUUUAAUAGACCAGCUACAGCUAAACCUACAGUCAAGUCUGCUGAUGAUAGUAUGAAAUCAGUGGAUGACGAUAUCAAAGUAUUUACAAAGGAAAAUGCUGAACUAGACAACAAAAAUACAGAGCCUGUGAACGAAACAGACAAAGAUGCAACGGAUGGGACUGAGGACGUUCCAAAGCCUUCAACUUCUUUCUCUGCAAUGCUGAACGUGGACCGCGACGAAGCCAAGCAGUCUAUAAUCAACACUAUCAACUCCUACGAUGACGACAGAUUCCCUUCUCAUGGAACGAACUACGCCGAUAUGGCAGAGAAUUCGCGCAUUGAAGAAUCCGUGGCUUCGGAGAUUCUCGACCGCACCCUGAAGUACGAAGAGCAGGAGUUUUACCGACAGUACGAUCUGAUGAACAGUCACGCCGGCAAGAUCGACAACAGAACCAAUUCUAUAAUUGAGCACAUUUCUGAUCAACUGGCCCACGAGUACUCUCUGCCGGAAGUUUCCCGUGUCCUGGAAGCCCACAUGGAGGCAACGGAGCAACGUUGGCGUGCUGGUGAAUUCGUCCCUUAUGCUUUAGAAGAUAGCCCUCCAGAUUCUAUAGUAGAAGACAAUGAAACCACUUUGAUACCAAGUCACGAUUCGACUUUCGAAGACACUUUAACUGAUGACUUCAAGGAACAGGACGUUGUGACAACAACAGAAAUAAAUGAAUCUGGAAUUACUAAAACGACUGAUAAAUCAGUAUUUGAUAACAUUGAUGAAAGGAGUAAAGAUUUAAAUAAAACGUCAGCUAAAGAUAUUGUGAUCGAUGAACAGAAAGUUGACGAAAAUGAGAGUGUUGAUGUUUUCGAAGACUGUGUCAGUAUCACUGAUACAAAAAUACCCGAUAACAACAAAGAUGAAUUUGAUCGUUCAGAAGAGACAUAUACGCUGGAAAUGAAAUUGGCGUUAGGCCGUGAUGGGUAG